GACGCUGCGACUCUCGAUCUGCGUCGAAUCCGCUACGGGGGCUAUUCGGUGCUUUGCAAGGGCUCAGUCAGUACUUAGCAACCCAAAGUAGCGUGGAGCUCCUCGGUCGCGCUACAGCCGUGUUAGCCAGCAACGUCGAAACCACCAUGGACUACUCGUACUUUGGCGGGCCCCAGCAGCCCUACAACCAAUUCCUGGGCAUGCAGCACUCGUUCGCCCACGGCGCACUCGACACAGACACGACGCAGAGCAUUGAACCUCUCGACCCCGGACUGUAUCCCACAUGCUACGAUGCCUUUAGCCUUAACAACGGCCUGCCCACCCCCCAGCAGGGCUCUCCGGAAAACAUAGCAGCACACACCCCCAUGCCUGUCGGCAGCGUAGACUCUGGACUGGGCCCCGAACUCGAAGAUGGCCAGCCAAACCAGACGCGAAGCAGCAGCGAGGAAAAGGACAACCUGACGCCUGCCCAGAGCAGGCGCAAGGCACAGAACAGGGCAGCCCAGCGCGCAUUCCGCGAGCGCAAAGAACGCCACGUCAAGGAGCUCGAGACGAAGCUGUCGGCCCUCGAAUCCAGUACCCGCUCCCUCCAGUCAGACAACGAGCGCUUGAAAGCCGCGCUGCAUCGCGCCCGCACCGAGAACGAGAUCCUGCGCGCUACCAGUGGCCAUUCUCCCGCCUCCUCGCGCCCCGUCUCUGCGAGCUAUCCCUCGCCCGGCGCCCAUCUGCCCGCAGAGGAUGACGACGAACAGGAGAUGGAUUACAGCGUCGAGUCGCUGACCAACGGCUCCGUUGUGAAUUCUGCUGGUAGGGAACAUUCACGCACCAAGGCCAAGGGGAGAGAGAUUCCCGCUGCACAGGCCUGGGAUUUGAUACAGUCGCAUACGCUCGUCAAGCAGGGUCUCGUCGAUGUGGCUGAUGUAUGUGAGCGGCUCAAAGGGAAGACGACGUGUGAUGGUCAUGGACCUGUGUUUGCAGAGAGCACCAUUUGGCAAGCAGUCGAAGAGUCGCGUCGAUGCGGCGGUGAUGAACUUAUAUGAUGGCUGGACUGCUGUUGCUGCCACGUUCUUUCUUCUUGUCAAUACCCCGUUUUUUUCUUCUUUUCUUUUCUGUCUUUUCUCUACCAUUUAGGCUGGCAAGUUUGCUUUGCGGGAUUUGGGCGCUUUGGGCGUUCGGCAUCACUGUAGCCUGAUGAGCAGUCUUGUGAAUUAGGACGCUCGAACUAUCAGGAGGCAACGAUAAAAGGCAACGUGUUUGCACUUGCGGAAAAAAAGGUCAUU